AUGAAAAUUAUCAUAUUUGGUGCUACAGGUCUCAUUGGCUGUGAAUGUGUCCAGCAAGCAAUUGAAGAUAAAGAUAUCGAACUUAUAACAGCUAUUACACGGCGUCCGCUUCAUAAAAGUAUUACAUCUGAAAAAGUUAAUGUUGUUAUUCAUACAGAUUUUCUUGAUUAUACUCCAAUAUUGAAUCUCUUUGAAAGUCAUCAAAUAUGUAUUUGGGCAUUAGGUAUCUCACAGAAUGCUGUUAGUGAAAGUGAAUAUAUAAAAAUUACACAUGAUUAUACAUUAGCCGCUGCGAAAGCUAUCGCAAGUGUUAAUCCAGAUAUGCGAUUUGUAUUCGUUAGUGGUAUGGGUGCUGAUUCAUCCGAACAAAGCCGAUUUUUAUUUGGUCGAAUUAAAGGUAAAACUGAAAAUGAUUUAAUAAAUGAAGGUGGUCUGAAAGAUACGUAUAUUGUACGUCCAGCAAGUGUUUUGUUUUCGCAUACAUUGUCGGAUAAAGCAUGGUAUGAACGAGCUCUUCAACCUCUCGUGCAUGUCGUUAAAGUAAUCAAACCAUCAUGGACUAUUAGUACAAUUGCAUUAGCACGUGUAAUGUUAUUUAUCGGUAAAAAUGGUCAUCAUGCAACAUUAUUUGAGAAUGAAGAUUUAAGAGAAGUUAUUAACGAGAAUCAACUUGGGGAGUAA